AUGGAGAGCUUCGACGAUGUGACCUUAAUAGGUCCAGUAUCCGAUCCCCAUGUCGACGAUCACCACCCUCCUUCCAACAAUGAAGCAAAACCCAGGAAACAGGCCGACGGCGAGUCAGUGGACUCUGCCACCUCCACGUCGAAUCGAUCGGUGACUGCAGCUCUGGCGGCUCAAAUUGACUCGGGCAGUGAGCUCACCGGAGCGCAUUCGGUAUCUUCAGAGAUACCGGCGGAAGAAGAAGAUGAGGAACCCCGCGUUGCUACAUCUUUCGAGCGGGAAUCCUCCCCUAUAUCCGCACAGAAACAUCGGUCGGGGUUGGACCUUGAAGACGAAGGCUUGAAUCGAAUGCACAAAUUCACUCUUUAUGAGACUGCAACACGUUUCUACAUUGUCGGCAUCAAUCUGGCGGAGACACGCUUCCGGAUUCUGAAAAUCGAUCGCACUUCCGAAUCGGACGAGCUGAACGUCACGGAGGAUGAUAUGGUUUAUACAAAGAGAGAGAUGGUGCAUCUAUUGGAUGCUAUUGAUGAUGGGAAUAAGAGCUCCGGUGGCCUGAAGCAGAAAUCCAGCGCGUGGGCAUUGCUCGGCUUCAUUCGGUUCACCGGAGCGUACUACAUGCUACUGGUGACGAAGCGAAGCCAAGUUGCAAUUCUGGGCGGACACAAUAUCUACCAAAUUGAUGAGACCGAGCUCAUCUCAUUGACCACAGCUGAGGCAUCUCGCCUGAAGCCCGAAAAGCAGUCGGAAGAAGAACGAUACAGAGCGAUCCUCAACAACCUAGACCUCACCCGAUCAUUCUAUUUUAGCUACUCUUAUGACAUCACUCGGACGUUGCAACAUAAUAUUUCGCGAGAAAGAAGAGCACAUCAGGAUGGAUCGGCUCGACCCGAAGGACAGGACAGUAAUACCAUGUUCGUCUGGAAUAACCACCUUCUCUCCCCGGCAAUAGGAACUUUCAAAAAUCCCUACGAUUGGUGCAUUCCGAUCAUUCAUGGAUAUGUUGACCAGUCGAAGAUAAGUGUAUAUGGGCGGUUGGUUUAUAUUACCAUCGUUGCCCGUAGGUCUCGAUUCUUCGCCGGUGCUCGUUUCCUUAAGCGAGGUGCAAAUGACCUGGGAUUUGUUGCGAAUGAUGUGGAGACCGAGCAGAUUGUUUCUGAGCAAACAACGACUUCCUUUCACUCAGCUGGCCCUACAUUGCACGCCAAUCCGAAUUACACUUCGUAUGUCCAACAUCGUGGGAGUAUACCUCUCUAUUGGACCCAAGAGAAUACAGGCGUAUCGCCAAAACCGGACAUUGAGUUGAACCUGGUAGAUCCAUUCUAUUCAGCCGCAGCCUUGCAUUUUGAUAAUCUUUUCGAGAGAUACGGUGCACCGAUUUACAUUCUCAAUCUCGUCAAAUCUCGAGAAAGGACGCCGAGAGAAUCGAAACUCCUCAAAGAAUUCACCAACGCUGUGGAAUAUCUCAACCAAUUUCUCCCAGAAGACAAAAAGCUCAUCUACAAAGCAUGGGACAUGAGUCGUGCAUCGAAGAGCCGAGAUCAGGACGUCAUACAAACACUUGAAGGAAUAGCGGGAGGUAUCAUUCCAAAGACCGGGUUUUUCAAGAAUGGCAAUGACGUUGAGUCGGGAUUGCAAAUUCAGAAUGGCGUCGCACGGACGAAUUGCAUCGAUUGUCUGGAUCGAACAAAUGCCGCACAAUUUGUCAUAGGCAAGCGCGCUCUUGGGCAUCAACUUCACGCCCUUGGUGUUAUUGAUGAGAAGACGGUUGAGUAUGACACAGAUGCUGUCAAUCUGUUCACCAACAUGUGGCACGAUCACGGUGACACUAUUGCCAUUCAGUAUGGAGGCUCUCAUCUUGUCAACACCAUGGCAACAUAUCGAAAAAUCAACCAGUGGAGUAGUCACUCGCGUGACAUGGUCGAAAGCUUUAAGCGAUACUAUAACAACUCCUUCCUCGACGCCCAGCGACAAGAGGCCUACAAUCUGUUCCUUGGAAAUUACAUCUAUGCGCAGGGCGCUCCGAUGCUAUGGGAUCUGUCUACUGACUACUACCUUCACCAUUCUGACCCAAGGUCAUAUUUAGAGAAGAAGCGACCGAAUUAUAUCUCAUGGUUCACGCCAGAAAACUUGAAAGAACGAGAAAUGCCGCCUCUCCCAUCCCGUCCGAAAGAGCCUCUUUCACAUUUCGAUGAUUACUGGCUGGAGUACUACCGCCCACUCGCAUUGUCUACUCUCUCCAAAGUCUUCUCCUACAAAAUGAACUCCACCUUUCGCUAUCCGCUCCAGAUACGUCCUGGACAUGCGCCCCCAGACCACAGCCCAUUCGUGCCUCGCAUCCCAGCAGACCAGCACCAGCGCGACCGGCCAACAACCAGAAGUGUGAAGAUACAGGAACCAUCCGAUAGCCAUGCGGCCGUUACAACCCAGCCACUCACGGAGACCACCGACCUAUGGCGACAACAGGCACCAUCCUCAUCAAAACAACCUCCAUUGACAGGGAUAAUCAAGGAAUCCGCCUUCGGAAUACCACACAGCUCCCGCAUCCCACCCAUAAAUGCCCCAAACACCCAAAAAACCCCAAGCAAAGACCAAAUAGCCCAAUGGACGCUCGGCCAGUUAGUCACAGACUCACUAAACCCAUCUGUCACUGGCCCGGAAGCAGAAGAAUACGAACGCUACAUCAAUCAUCCACUGAAAGUCCCGCUGGUCGUGACAUCAGAGGACGGGUUGACAGGGGGCGAGCACGGUCCGAACUCGGAUCUGUUCGAAUAUGCGAACAGAUUUAACGUCGAGGAAGCUGCACUCGAAUCAAAUGCCGAGGAAAACAUGGCAGAUUACGCGGAGUUCCUGAAUGUUUCUGAGGAAGGUCUCACUGUGGUCGGUGAGGAUUACCAGAAGAAGCGGUAUAAGCGGUAUCGGCAGUGGCUGCGGGGGAAGAGUCUUUUUAAGCAACGGGUUGAUAUAUGA